CCGUAGAGGAGCAGGAGCACGUUCGGGUGUUCGUGCUCGAUCGCGAUCACUCGUGCGACGUCGGGGAUCGGGUGGCGGUGUGAGCGUGCGACGUGCGACACUGAGGAUACGGACUUGUUCAGUAAAACGGCGUCGUAGAAAGUGAGCGAAAGUGAUUAUAGAGUGUCAUGAUAAAUUCGCGCGAAUGUUUAGUCCGGGAUCGGUCGUCGGUAGCUUCGUAAAACACGACGGGAAAAACGAGAGAGAUCUGGUUCUCGCGGAUCGACGGUGCGCCGCCGAGAGAGAGAGAGAGGGGUGAAAAGGAUCGAAUCGGUGUGGUUGGUGGGACGGCCAUAACUGGUGUUCUGCCGUUCGUUUCGGUCUCCGUGUCCGUUAGUGAUCGUCGCAGGUCGCAGCGAAAGGGCAGAUGCCCUUACGCGGUUCGCGCUCCCAUUGGCGGGUACUUGGCGCUGUUCAGCCCGGAUCAAAGUACUCUGCUAGAUCCGGAGGUGUUGUCGGUCGCAGCUUAUUCCCGUGUUUACUAGGCUCGCGAAAUACAGGGACGAGCGGUCAGCCGCCCCCCGUGGGGGGCAAUCGUCUCGGACACGAGAGUCUUGGUACGGUGAUCGGUGCUGGUGCUCCCUGUCGCGGUGAUCUCUGUCUGGCAGUGACUACGACGACGACGAGGACGGAGACGACGACGACGGAGACAGCGCCGUCAACAACAACGGCGACUACCAGAACGACCGCAGCGCCAUCGACAGCGCGGCCGCCAUUGCACCGAGAAGAAGUGGCAGCAGCACCACCACCGCGAGCACCAGCGAUUCCUUCGAGGAGAGAAAGACGAAGAAAUGCCCGUAGGUCCGCGAACGGCGACGCGAUUAAACAUGGAGGCCCCGUCCGGUUUGUAACACGGUGGCCAGGUCUCGUUUAAACGCCGCACCACCGCCAACGGAGCCUCUUGCGCGAGAGCGCUCCUCGAGUCGGGGCUGCCUAAAAGUCGCCUUUCCUUGCCCCGUGCCACUUUUCUUCGCGAGGGCCCGCGAGCCUCGAGGAUGGAGCUUCGCGUUGGUAAUAAGUACCGGCUCGGACGGAAAAUCGGGAGCGGCUCCUUCGGCGACAUUUAUCUAGGUACCAACAUCUCCACCGGCGAGGAAGUCGCUAUCAAGCUAGAAUGCAUAAAAACGCGGCAUCCACAGUUACACAUAGAAUCGAGGUUCUACAAGAUGAUGCAAGGAGGCGUUGGAAUACCUACAAUAAAAUGGUGUGGUUCAGAAGGUGACUACAAUGUGAUGGUAAUGGAGCUACUUGGACCAUCUCUGGAGGAUUUGUUUAAUUUCUGUUCGAGAAGAUUUUCUUUAAAAACAGUGUUGCUACUCGCCGAUCAAUUGAUAUGUAGAACGGAUUACACGCAUAGUCGCAACUUCAUCCAUCGAGACAUCAAGCCGGACAAUUUCUUGAUGGGACUGGGCAAGAAGGGAAAUCUCGUGUACAUUAUAGAUUUCGGGCUGGCCAAGAAGUAUCGCGAUGGCCGCACUCACAAACACAUACCCUACCGAGAGAACAAAAAUCUGACGGGAACAGCCAGAUACGCGAGCAUUAAUACACACUUGGGAAUUGAGCAAUCACGGCGGGACGACCUCGAGUCUCUGGGAUAUGUCCUGAUGUACUUCAACAGGGGUAGCUUACCUUGGCAAGGUCUGAAAGCGGCGACCAAAAGGCAAAAAUACGAGCGUAUCUCGGAAAAGAAGAUGUCCACGCCUGUCGAGGAGCUGUGCAAGGGUUAUCCUGUAGAGUUCGCAUCGUACCUGAGGUACUGUCGAGGCUUGCGUUUCGAAGAGAGGCCGGAUUAUUCGUAUCUUCGACAACUGUUUCGGACGUUGUUCCACGGACAGGGGUUCACCUACGACUACGUGUUCGAUUGGAACAUGUUGAAGUUUGGGAACGUGAGGCAACCGACGUUGCCGUCGGCGCAACAGGCGCCGAUGCACUCGCAGCAGACGAACACGGGGCUGCCCUCCGGGACCAAUAACGAUCAGGAACAUCGAUCAAGGCCCUACACGCGGCAGUGUCUAGCGAACGCGUCGGUGACGACGGUGGUGGGUCCGGCGGUGGGCACGACCUCGAACCUCAGAAGUCUUCGGCAAAAAGUGAUGGACGCUCGCCGCGAUCAGGACAAUCAGGAGAAGAUUGACCUGCAAGGUAAAAUCCAGUUCUACCAAAAAUUAUCGGUUAGCGGUCAGCAGCAGCAAGGGAUCGCGGAGCGAAAAACGCAGCUCGUAGUUAGUCACGCGCAGCCGGGCGGUAGCGAGAUGCUCGUGCAGCAACGCUCGACCCCCUGUCAGUUCAGUACGUUCAAAUCGUCUCCGGUUAGGGUAACGCCAGAGGUCGGGUCCUUGGACGUGUCCGGCUUGAGCUUGGGCCAGCGGGACGCGGCCGGGUCGCCUAACCGGGACUACCAGCCGAUGAGCCGACUGCGCGAAUCUAGUCCCCAGCUGGACAACCGUAGCAAUUUUUUUUCCUGGUACAUGGCGGACAAGGACGUGGAUCGCGAGGUGGUGACGUUCGACGGCAAAACCAAGACUGACCGUAAGGAGGAUCGCGCGGUCUCCGCCGGGUCGUUGAACUGCUUCGGCAGCGUGGACAGAGACUCGGGGCAGAAGAAGAAAAGCUGUCGGCGUACGGACGCGCGACGUCAUUCGGGCAACGUGGAGUUCCUCGACGAAGAGACGGAGUUCUUCAAGAAAAUGAUUUCCUCGAAGCCCAGGAAGAACUUCUCGUUCGCCAGCAAAGAGAAGAAGGCCCACAGGAGCCUGGAGUCCGUGGGGAGGAGCGUCGACCUGUCUCGCUUGAAUAGACUGGUGCUUCUGUUCGACGACCGGCCGAAGACCUUCUGCAACUGCAAGCAGAGAAGCCUGGACUACUCGCAACGGUCGAAGAAAUCGGUGGACACCUCUGCGAACAAAGCGCCUUCCCAGAGGCGACCGAACUUCUUCCAGCGCGUCCGACGUAGUUGGCAUUUUUUAAUCAAGCAACGAAGGAUCCGGCGACGAAAUAAAUACGAACGGCCGCAGAGUGUGCAGGAGAAGUGCGAGUAUUUUUUACAGAAGUAUCAGAAGAACGAGCUGUUCGUGCUUAGAGCCUCUUGCGCCCAGCAGCAGGCUUCGGUGGUCACGGACAAAGAGGAGGUCGCAGCCAAGCCGGAGGACAGUACGUUUCGCGCGAAGAAAGUCGAGGAGGACGGUUCGCCGAACAGGGCGGACGGCAACGUUGAGAAGGAGCCGCAAGCUAGUCCUUCGACCGAGUGCUGCUUUCCCGACGAAACCAAAUACCACGACCUCAGCGAGAGCAACGCUUCCGUCGAGACCAAGCCCCCGGAUCCUUCCAGCAACGCUCAGGAACGGGAACAGGAACGCUUAAACGGGAACAAGGAGGCGGACGUUGGCUACUCGACCAGUCAGCUGGGCAAACUCUGCUUGCAGAACAUGCAGAACGCUAAUCGCAACGAUGCUCUCUACUCCCACGAGGUAGCCGGCAACGACAAGGACAAGGAGGAGCAGUUCAUGGACUGGAUCGUCGGAGCUCGUCUGGACACGGUCAGUCGCGGAACGAACACCAGCGAUUCCCUGGCUCAUGGAAAGCUAGACCGGAACCUGGACACUCUGACCGGUAUCCUGUUGGACAUGUUUAUCUGCAUCUGCAUUUAGGCGACUUUCGGGCGCCUGUCCAACGCACCACCGACCGAUCCACGUCCCGCAGGUUCCUCUCUCUGUAUGUUAUGCUUGAGCCGGUUCGAUCGGGAUAUUUCGAUUUUACUUUAGUUCUUUCUCCCGUCGAGUCCAAACGAGCUGCUUGCCUUGCUCGACAGUGGCCGAGCGUUGUCUCGAAUCGUGCAGGUCGUCCCGAAGCUUCUCUCGGCUAAUAUUUCUCGAAUAUUCGAACAAGAUAAAAACAGAUCCUGAAAGCAUCGACACUCCCUCCUGUCUCAAAAUUCCAGCUUGGGUCAGCCUGUACAGAUGCUUCGAAAAUCACUGAUUACGUGCGAAAUCUCGUUUACCAAUCAAGACUGUCCGCAACUCACACUGCCAUGAUCGAAACGUACCGUUUAAGUUCCGCCGAGCGAACGGGAAUCGUUGAAAUUUCAUCGUCUCGUUUCAGAAUCUGUUCAACCGCGAACGGAUUCGAGGAGAAAAAUCGAAGACUUUCGAAGCAUCUCCAUGAUCGCGGGUUUUCUUUCUCGACGCUCUCAUAAUUAUACAUAUACACGCGUAUACAUACAUACAUUUAUAAUAUAGAUAUAUACUUAUAAUAUACAG